ACGGCCUGGAGCGAAGGUCUCGCGAGGCUUGGGCGCUGCGGCGGUAGGAGGAGGACGGGGAAGGACGGAGCCGAGCAGAGGCGGCCUCCCUCGCUCACUCCCUCGCGCGCUCGCCCGCCCCCUCCCUCCCUCCCCUCCCUUCCCCGGCCCCGGCUCUGGCCCCGGCCCAUUCGCUGUUGGGUCUUCUGCUAGGGAGGAUGUCGGGUUCGUCGCUCCCCAGCGCCCUGGCCCUCUCGCUGCUGCUGGUCUCUGGCUCCCUCCUCCCAGGGCCAGGCGCCGCUCAGAACGAGCCAAGGAUUGUCACCAGUGAAGAGAUCAUUAUUCGAGAUAGUCCUCCUGCUCUCCCUGUCACCCUGCAGUGUAACCUCACCUCCAGCUCUCACACCCUUACAUACAGCUACUGGACAAAGAAUGGGGUGGAACUGACUGCCACUCGUAAGAAUGCCAGCAACAUGGAAUACAGGAUCAAUAAGCCGAGAGCUGAGGAUUCAGGCGAAUACCACUGUGUAUAUCACUUUGUCAGCGCUCCUAAAGCAAAUGCCACCAUCGAAGUGAAAGCUGCUCCUGAUAUCACUGGCCAUAAACGGAGUGAGAACAAGAAUGAAGGGCAGGAUGCCACGAUGUACUGCAAGUCAGUUGGGUACCCUCACCCAGAGUGGAUAUGGCUCAAGAAGGAGAACGGUAUGCCCAUGGAGCUUGUCAAUACUUCUGGCCGCUUCUUCAUCAUCAACAAGGAAAAUUACACCGAGUUGAGCAUUAUGAACCUUCAGAUCACAGAAGACCCUGGCGAGUAUGAAUGUAAUGCUAGCAACUCUAUUGGCUCUGCCUCCGUUGUCACCAUCCUCAGGGUACGGAGCCACCUGGCCCCACUCUGGCCUUUCUUGGGAAUUCUGGCUGAAAUUAUCAUCCUUGUGGUGAUCAUUGUUGUGUAUGAGAAGAGGAAGAGGCCAGAUGAGGUUCCUGAUGAUGAUGAACCAGCUGGGCCAAUGAAAACCAACUCUACCAACAAUCACAAAGAUAAAAACUUGCGCCAGAGAAACACAAAUUAAGUACUGCUUAUAAUAUCUUUAAGUUCCUGAAACUGGUGGCAACAUGACCUGCUAAAUUUUCUGCUUGGACCUCUUUGGUUCUCUCCCCUUUCAAGUGAGCAACACCACAAUGACUGUCUAAAGCAUGCCUUAUUUAGCCUCUCCUGUAAGGGUGACCUAGCCAGGUACAUUUUAAACAAUGCUUCAGUGUAGAAGGUGUAAACUAUUUUGGGCUUGAUGUGCUGUGAAUGUUGCUUUUUUUUCCUUUGUUAAAAUAUUUAAAUAGAAGUGAAAAGGUCCUCUGAGGAUCAGAUCGUGCAUGCGCCAUUUUUUACUUAAUGCAGCUGUUAAAUUGGCAAAGCUCUAAAAUGCACUGCUGCCAUCUAGUGAUACCUUUUUGUAAAGUACAGCAAAACCUACAGAUAUAUACAGUAUAUAAAUAUAUAUAUAUAUAUAUUUAUAUUUUUGGGGAUGGGAGAAAUCCAAAAUAAAGUAAAUGCUUGUUUCAUUUUUAAGCUGCUGAUAUUCAUUCUUUAUUGUAUGUUGUCAGAUGAGGAAAUGUGUAGUUCUGGUACAUAAAGAUGAGUAAUAUAAACUGAAAUCUAUAAUUUUAAGGGCUUAACCUAUGACUUUAAUAAGAAGCUGGAACAGUCCACUGAAUGAGUAAAAUGAAUUGCAGUAUAUACAUGAUUGCUUUUUAAGUGAUUAUUUUUUCUUUUGUUAAAUCGUGUAAAUUCUUAAAUCCUUUUGCACUGAUGUGUUGAACCUUAUUCUUGUACAUUCAAUCAAGGCAAACUUUUAUAAUUUUCCUUUUGUUUUCAAUGACCUUGAAAUGUUAUAGCAUGGUGAUAUUCUAUGCAACUAUAGUUAAUACUUUUUGGUUUGACACUGUAUUUUUUCACAUUGAUUUAAUGGUUGAUGGUAGAUUUUAUAACCUAACGGUUCUCAUGCGGUGCAUAACUGUAGAUGCAUGUACUUGUGUUUUGUGUAAUUGUUGAAGUGCAAUGAUGUAUAAAAAAAGUGGAUUCACCUGUUUUUAAAAAUAAAACAUUGAUAAAAGGUG